UUCUUAUUUUGGUGGCAGCAUGGACCACCAGUGCCCAGGACGUGCCUAAACUACCACAACUUGACCGCAACGAGUGGUGGGGGCUGAACGAGUUGAAAGGCAAAACGAAUACUACCAUCAGACCAUUCAAAGUUAAAUUCUGUCCAGAGAUGAUUAAGGAUCUCAUAUACCGUCUCAAAAAUCAUCGUAAAUUUGUUCCACCACUGGAAGGAAUUGCGUUCGAAUACGGCUUCAACACUAACCAAAUAGACCCCUGGGUAAAGUACUGGACAGAAGAAUACAACUUUAAACAGAGGGAAACGUUCUUCAACCAGUUUCCUCAUUACAAAACUAAUAUACAGGGUCUGGAUAUACACUUUAUCAGUGUAAAACCUCAGACACCUGCUGGUAUUUACACCGUACCUCUGCUAAUAUUGCACGACUGGGCAAGUUCGUUCCGCGAGUUCUAUGACGCAAUCCCAUUAUUUACUACCUCUACUGAAGGAUGUGAUUUUGUAUUCGAACCUAUUGUACCAAGUUUGCCUGGAUUUGGAUUUUCUGAUGCUGCAGUACGGCCGGGGCUAGGGCCCGCACAAAUGGGAGUUAUCCUGAACAACCUGAUGAGACGCCUCGGCCAUAAGAAGUAUUACCUGCAAGGCGGCGGUGGCUGGGGGUCUAUAAUCGCCAUCACUAUGGUCACUUUGUUCCAGAAAGAAAUAUUGGGAUUUCAUACAAAUCUGCAUUUAUUGUUGAAUAGUUGUUCAGAAAUCCAAACUCUAGCGGGAGUGAUGUCCGCCGCCCAGGGUGCUCCUGGCUCGGAGAUCUUCGCGACCAUCAUAGAGGAGACUGGUUAUCUACACUUGCAGGCUACAAAACCUGAUAGUUUGGGUGUGGGUCUCACAGACUCGCCCGUUGGCCUCCUCGUCUACAUACUGGAGAAGUUCUCUGUGUUCACGCGAGUGGAGAACCGUUACCUCCCCGACGGCGGUCUCUACAACGACUAUACAAGGGUGGAGCUGGUUGACAAUCUCAUGGUGUACUGGACCACUGGCACCAUCACUACUUCCAUGAGACUGUUCGCUGAAGCGUUUUCUAAAAAGCAAUGGAAUCUAAGAAUAAAUGAGUUGCCCACUUCAGUACCAUUUUGGGCGCUCCAAGCAAAUAACACGUUCCUCGCCCAGCCCAUUAACCCCCUGAAAUUCCACAACAUUGUAGGAGUCACCACCCUGGAUGACGGAGGCAACUUCCUGGCGUUCGAGCUUCCUCAAGCCUACGUCGCGGAUGUCUUCAGGGCGGUGAAGGCUUUCAUUGAGUUCCGUAUUAUUAGAUGUGAAUUGUGA